AUGAGAGUCUCUCCUGCUAUGUUACAACGUGCCGCAAAGGCUAUUGAUAAGUACGCCUUGUAUGUUCCUACCACUGGUGUCUUCCCAAAGGAGUUCAAAGUUGCCUCUACUGCUUCUGGUGUCAAGAAGAACGGCGUGUUGGACUUAGGUGUCAUUUUAAACACUAAUAAGUCUUGCGCUUCUACUGCAGCUGCUGUUUUUACAACUAACAAGUUCAAAGCUGCCCCAGUACUUUUAUCUCGUGGUGUACUAGAGGCUAGUCACGGUAAAGGUGUUGAUGCCAUUGUUGUUAACUCAGGUUGUGCAAAUUCUGUCACCGGUGAUGUUGGUUUAGCUGACGGUCAAGCCAUGUUAGAAAUGGUCAAUCAGAAUAUUGGUAAGGAGAACUCCACUUUGGUGAUGUCUACUGGUGUCAUUGGUCAAAGAUUAAAAUUGGAUAAGAUUCAAGCUGGUAUUAAUGAUAUCUUUAAAAAGAACAAGUUUGGUACUGAUUUUAGUUCUUGGUUAGGACUAGCUAAAUCUAUUAAUACCACAGAUACUUUCCCAAAAUUAGUCUCUUCAAAGUUCACUUUACCAAAUGGUAAAGAAUACACUUUGACCGGUAUUGCUAAAGGUGCUGGUAUGAUUUGUCCAAAUAUGGCUACUUUAUUGGGCUUCGUUUUGACAGAUUUACCAAUUGAAAGUGCCACUUUACAAAAAAUGUUAAGAUUUGCAACUAGUCGUUCCUUCAAUUGUAUCUCUGUUGAUGGUGAUAUGAGUACCAACGAUACCAUUUGUAUGAUCGCUAACGGUGCAGUUGAUACACCAAUCAUCAACGAAUCUUCUCCAGAAUACGAGCAAGUUCAACAACAAGUUACUGAGUUCGCCCAAAAGUUGGCCCAAUUGGUUGUCCGUGAUGGUGAAGGUUCUACUAAAUUCGUUACUGUUAAUGUACAACACGCUUUGAAAUUCGAGGACGCUAAGAUCAUCGCUGAAUCUAUUUCAAACUCUAUGUUAGUGAAGACUGCGUUGUAUGGUCAAGACGCUAACUGGGGGAGAAUCCUAUGUGCCAUUGGUUAUGCAAAGUUGAACGAUCUAAAAUCAUUAGAUGUUAACAAGAUUAAUGUCAGUUUCGUUACCACCGAUGACUCUCAACCACGCGAAUUAAAGCUUGUUGUCAAUGGUGUUCCAAACUUGGACGUCGACGAAGCAAGGGCCUCUGAGAUCCUUGCAUUGAAUGAUUUGGAAGUCCUGGUUGAUCUGGGUACAGGUAUCGAAGAGGCACAGUUCUGGACUUGUGAUUUGUCCCAUGAAUAUGUUACUAUCAAUGGUGACUACCGUUCCUAG